AUGGCGGCUUCAUCGGCGCAUGAAGGCGGCGUCGCUGAAGCGGCGCAGUCCCAAGUCGUCGAGCGCCUCGUCAAGCUGCUCGACCAAGUGGAGAAGCGGGUCGAGCUUCUAAGAGAGCAUGCCGCGUCUCUAGAGCAGGAGCGGCGAGGGCUCGUCGACACCCUUAGCUCGGUAGCCAGCAGCCAGGAGCUCGCCUCACUCACGCCGGAGCUCCGCGAAGAAGUGAGCCUGACGGUCGAGCGGCUGCAGACGCGCGUCAAGUCGGUCGACGUGUCGGUGACCACGCCACGCAGCGAGGAGCAAGAGACUGCGCUCGGGCAAAUCGAGCAGUACGUCACCAACCUUGUGCUUCGCAUGACCUCUGACCCCAAAGGUGCCAGGGCCCAAUGCAAGGCGUACCUCAGUGCCUGCUCGACUGAUGCGGCCGGUCCAGUCGACCAGAAGUUUCAGGCAGCCAUCUUGGGAUGCACAGCUGAUGAUCAGAAGAAGACGCGCCGUCGCCUUGAGGCUAUCCUGGCGGCCCUGCCGCGUCGGUGCUGAUGUCGUACGCCACUCGGUGUAAUAAUUCGCUUUCGGCACAGUGCGCACUUGUGCCUUUACUACAAAGGACAGCAUCAUAUCCAAGAACGCCUCCAAAGCUGCGCUAAGCGCAAGUGCACCUGGCUGUUUGAAUAUGGCGGACUAGACACGAGUGAAAUAAGGUGCAGAAAUUGUCACGCAGUUCGAGCACUGCAACUUUUGUUUCGUGGAAUGCGCACACUGAUGGUUAGGUUGCGCAGUGGGACUUGAAGAACAUUUCUGAACGCGAUCUACUGAUUCUGUGUCAUCAUACCCGUAGGCAAAAUUAAGGACAAGUACGGACUGGGCAUCUUGGUUUGGUUUGGUUCCUGGGUGGUGUUUUAUAAUUUGUGAACGUUAUUCUGUAGUACAUACACAAUACAAUUUCUUAGUAAACAUUCCAAGACUGCUUUAAGGUGCGUGAUUGUACGACAAAAUAUUCCACAGUAUGUGCUGCUCGUUCCUAGUAGAAGACAGUAAUUUUCUUCUAUUAGCUUAGUUACAUACUGGGCUAGAUCUAUGGUACAUGUAGCAUUUCAAUUAUAUUGCA